CUCAAAGCCACCACAAAGUUUACUCACCGACAGGAGAGGCGGAACUAGGCGAUAGUGAUCCUGGGGGAGGAGAUAAAAGGGCGCAGACUUGAAAUGGUAGCCGGAGCGACGAAAUGGGCCUCAGGAGCACGUUAUCAAAAGAUCACAGCCAAGGACUGGAGCGAGGAAGAGGAGGAAGAAAAGGAACAGGUGUCCAUUUAUCUGCACACGCCUUCAGCGCGCGUCAUGCUCUCGCGUCAGAAGCGGAACUCCUGCCUUCGUGUCACUGCCUCCAUGACCCUGCUCGGCGUGGGCCUUUACUUUGGGUUUCACGCCUUGUGGCUCAGCGGCCUGGAGUCUCCCGAAGCCGGCGAUGUGGAGGGGAUCCACCUUCACCACCACGAGCACGGAGUUUACCAUCAGGCUGCAGUGAUUACUGAUUCAGAGAUCUGCUCCGGCUUUGCGAAGGAAACUCUGCUUGAAGGCGGCAACGCAGUGGACGCUGGCGUGGUAGCGAUGCUCUGUUUGGGAGUGGUGCAUCCGCACAGCACCGGAAUAGGUGGAGUUCUGACCGCCAUCUUUCACAACGGGACUUCGGGAGCGACCAAGGCCCUGAACGCGCUGCCGACGGAGAGGCUGAAGCCGGGCUUCGGAGCGCCGCUCUUGCUGCAGGGCCUGCGGCUAUUGCACCGCAAGUACGGUGGUCUGCCCUGGGCCCGGCUGCCGGGACGGCCGGCCAAGCUGGCGAGGGAAGGCUUCGCCGUGGACGAGAUCCUGGCGCGGGCGGUGGCCAGAGAGGCGGCGGGAGGGGCCGCUGGGCUGUGCCCGUUCCUCUGCGGCCCGGGGCCAGGGCAAGCGCCAAAGGGCGUCGGCGCCCAAGUCACCAACGAGAAACUGGCCACGGUCUUGGAGGAGGUGGUGCGGAAGAUGAGGGGAGACUCGUUCCCGGAGCCCCUCGCCCGGGACCUGGCCCGUGACUUGAGUUUGGACCCCCAGUCGUUGGCGGAGACCCUCAGACAUCAGAGGGCAGUCCUGAGCAGCCCUUUGGUCACUGAGUUGGACGACUUUACCUUGGCCGUCCCACCAGCUCCCUCCGCAGGAGAGGUCCUGAUCCAACUGGUGGGAAGGGCCAGGCGGCUGGGUCUCUCUUGGGCCAGCCUUGCCAACGAUGUGAACACCUCCAGCACCUACCGAGAUCUUCUCAACGCCGCCCAGCAAGUCUACCAGAAGCUCCUGGGUCUCCCUGGAAGUCCUCGGGAACGAGGUGGGGGCAGGCGUUCCCCGGAUACGGCUCCCGGUGGAAGUCACGUCUUGGUGGUCGAUGGCACCGGCAACAUCUUGGCAAUGGUGGGCUCCCUCAACAGCACCUUCGGGGCCAAGACCUUCUCACCUUCCACCGGCUCCUUCCUCAGUGAUUUCACGGGGAGUCGGGACUCUGGCCUUGUCUACUGGGCCUGCCCGGGAUUGCUGAGGUCCAAGGCAGGAGAGGACUACAUGGUUCUCGUCAGCUCGGGGGGAGCCGACGCCCCCUUCGUUUCUGCUCAGGCCAUCAUCAGCGUGGUUUACCUCGAGCGAUCGGCCAGCGAUGCGUUGGCCGGCCCUCGCUUGUACUUGCACGUGGGACGGCAGGGAGCCCUACACAAGGCCGUCUCGGGACUCAAAAGCGAUUCCGAAAUAUUCGCCCACCUGUCCCGGGAGGUCCCGGGCCUGGAACUGGUCAAUGGGACGGCGGAGGGUGUGACCAGCACCCUGGUCGAAUCCCACCUAGGACACAAGAGAGCUUACGCACACCCACAGACAUGUGCCUUUGUAGAUGGUUAUUGAUUACAGUACAGCACAGGAACAGGCCCUUCGGCCCACACUGUUCAUGCCAACCUUGAUGCCUGGUUCAUCUCCAGUGCCCGCACGUGAUCCAUAUCACUCCAUUCCAUGCCUACGGAGCAGCACAGCACAGGAACGGACCCUUCGGCCCACAAUGUCCGUGCCGAACAUGAUGUGU